ACUUUGAUUGUAACUUCGCGCGAAUUCGGUUAUCUUCUGUAACCAAGGUUGUAUCCUGGCACGAUCUCGGUAUCCUUUCGAUGCCACGAGAUCGCCAGCUAAUAAACCUCGACUUGGUCCAUUAAUUGCCUUCUGGUAUUUGGCUUCUCGGGUAUUUUAUGGAGUCAUUUGGAACGAGCUUCUUACGCCUUCUGAUCUAUUUGGCACGUGUUUCUUGGUAGCGGUGUUCAUAGUUAAUCUCAACUCGACGCCACGCUACAAUUGGUAAUCCCAAUCAGACUACAAUUGGUGACCCGUAUUUUGGAACACGCCUCAACUUCUGAUCAAAUCUUCCAAAGAAGACAAUUCGGUGAGUCUAUGAUUUAUCUAUCCACGUCUGUCGUAUAUUUUCAUAUCUUUAAUAUAUAAUAUAAGCGACAUGACGGAUAACGAUAAGAAUAGUAUUAAUAUAAUAGACUCACACGUAUGUGCACCGAAUCCUUGUCACUUUUUAUUCGCGUGAUGAUGAAUUCCACGCUUUAUUCGAGAAAUGUUACCCUAUUAACGAUUCUCCUCGCUGACCCGGCUGCUUGGUACGGAAUGCAUACGCAUAAGCAUAUCCGUCUACCACCCAGCACCAAAUGGUUAAGUUGAACGGUUUCACUGCCAACUUAAAAGUGUUCUACGAGCACACGAAAACGGCAACUGGCACGAAACCUUACCGCUCGUUCUUUUAGGGGUGAGAACGAGUUUAAAGGCAGAUAUCCAAUGUUCCGCCACGAAACUUGUAUACGGCACGACAUUGCGUCUGCCCGGAGAAUUCUUCACACCACGGAGCAGACCUAAUUUCGGUAAAUCAGACUACGUCCAUCGACUGUCUACAUUUAUGCGAACGCUGUCUCCGGUGUCAACUCGAAUACAACAUCGACAGGUCGCUCUCCAUCGAGAGUUAUCUACCUGUUCACAUGUUUUUGUACGAGUAGAUUCGGUACGCAAACCUUGGCAACAACCUUACGAAGGCCCUUUUCACGUGAUCGCUCGUCACGAAAAGACCUUCAAGGUUGAUCGAUAUGGACGCGUCGAGAUCGUCAGCGUUGAUCGUCUCAAACCAGCACACGUCGAUGACAGUGCCCUAUCUGACACUCUGAGAUUCAAUGCUAGACCUAUCAAACCUAGCGGGAUCCUUAAAUCUUCUUCAGGUCCCACGCUAGAUGCAUGUGAGACCUCAUUCUCACGUCCCGGUCAACAGCACGCGUCAUCUGCACCGUCUACGGACGAGACGACAGUCUCACGUCCAGAUCAGCAGACCACGCCGCCUCUGACUUCGGAUGAGAUUGCAGGCUCACGCGACGCGAACGAGACUGCCGUCUCACGUUCCGGUCGCCGAGUACGGUUACCCGUACGCUUCCGCGAAUAGUCGCACAGUCAACAACCGAUACGGUGUAGGAUUAUUCCUAUACUACACGUAUGCUACACUCUUCUCUUUUUUGAUUAUCUUUUUGUUUCCUGAGCCCACGCCUUCGACCAUCUCCGUUUGGUUCCGUCGACUUCAGUCAACUUUGGCGAAAGCUGGCCUGAUCACCCACGCUCUUGUCAACGUACUCAGUCGAUAUAUUGGUUUUGAAUGCUCGGCAUACGCUUGGUCUCGAACUUGGUCGUUACGGUCGCUUCUGGUCUUUUGGCUCAGCGUGGUUUCGUCCUUCGUCUGCAGCGUUUCUGGUCCGCAUUCCCUACGAACACAAUCUUCAGAUUCUGGAUACAAACCAUUCUGGUGUAGCAUGCCAACUCGAGCAAUAAAUACAACACAUCGCUCCUGGUACUGUUCUCCGAAAACGACCUUCGUUGGCAACUCGACGAUCAACGAUCGCUUUCCUGUUCGCCAAUUCUUCCGUCCUACAAUCGCUCGUCAGCCGAUCAGUCCCACGAUUCAAACCGCUAUUUAUCGAAAGUGUAAGCCCUUUCUAGCGGGGGGCUCCUGUAGUGACUCACGUUUAUCACGAGAACACGACUGGUUUAAUAAAAACAAUUAUUAUUAUAACCAACUGUACCAGUGUUUGUUUUAAUGUGCUUUUGUUUGACUGUGCUAAUGACAGCUAUUUUGUGCUUCCAUUCUUGUACUUACACUUUGAUUGUAACUUCGCGCGAAUUCGGUUAUCUUCUGUAACCAAGGUUGUAUCCUGGCACGAUCUCGGUAUCCUUUCGAUGCCACGAGAUCGCCAGCUAAUAAACCUCGACUUGGUCCAUUAAUUGCCUUCUGGUAUUUGGCUUCUCGGGUAUUUUAUGGAGUCAUUUGGAACGAGCUUCUUACGCCUUCUGAUCUAUUUGGCACGUGUUUCUUGGUAGCGGUGUUCAUAGUUAAUCUCAACUCGACGCCACGCUACAACACUAUGGAUAUUUAUAUUCCUUUUAUGAUAAGCUUUGUUUUGACCUAUAAUUUAUUAUUGUACGAUUUACGGUUCUUAAGUUAUGUUCAGUUUAUUAACUACUGCCUCCCUCAUUCACAGCCACUUUUUGGGCUUAUUUGUGUACAAAUAUUAUUUCCUAUUUUAUGGUACGUUGCGGUCUGUGUGAUUGAUAUAUAAACCAAGUAUGCCUGAAAUAAACGAUCUGCUCUGAUUCGGAA